AUGUACUCGCACAGGCCCGGCAAAGGUGGCAAAAGCCGAGGGAAGGCUUGGAAGGGACGGGUUCAGGCACAUGCAGUGCCAAAUACGGUCGGAGUCUUUUUGGGAGAUGUGAAAUAUUUCAUCGAGGAUGUUCUCAAGAUGUCACUUCCAACAGGUGUGCACCACCUCUUGGAAAUAGCUCUGGAUCCAGUGCUGGAGCCGGGUACAAUCCUAAACGGAAGGCAGCAGCCGUCGAAGGGCUUGGACGCCGACGCCGAGAAGAUCUUCAAGCUAUUACGGCCAUGCCCUUUUGUUUUCGUUGCAAGGUCGGAGUCCGGUGAGGAUCAUCGUGAGACGCUUCGCCUUUUCAGACAUCUGGAAAAUCUCACAUUCCAUGCUGCAUGCAGCAUCGAAGUCUUUGAAUUUGCUGGUUCGGAGCCAUGGGAGGCAUGGCCGUAUGUGUUCCAGCAUGUCAUUCCAGCAUAUGUUCAACACCUUGAUCCUGCGUGGUUUGCACUACCAGACCAAUGUGUCUUGAGCGACCGUAACCCACACAGGCCACCCACAUCUUCUUCCUUCUGCCCGGUCCAGAGCAUCAGAGUAGUGCCUGUCUGGAGCUGCAGCAGUGGCACCUACAUCUUCCUCGUGAGGCCUCCGGACAGCCAUGGACAUGGUAUUUGGACCACCGUCGGGGGAGGCGUAAAACGAGGCCGCAUGCCUCGCAGCGAGAGUGGGACUAUGGGAAGUCUUGGCCUGGCCUUCGGCAACAGCUUGGGAGCCCGGUGUGAAGGCCUUGCCGUGGGUGGUCUGGAAAGCCAAUUCGUGCGCUUGGGAGAACUGGAGCAACUGCAAGCCGCCGGAAGCGAGAGAGCGCAGUGA